CUUGACGGCAGUGAGUUCAGCGCUGAGUUAGUCUGCCAAGGCGAAGUUAUGGGACGAUGCCGUGCGAAGUUCAGAUAAGCCAACUUGGAAGAGGCAAAUGAAUUUUCACGAUAAACGAAAAGAAAAGCAAUUAUACGGACCUCCCCAUGGAAAGGAUCUUUUUAUUUUUACUUUUUUCACCUCGCUUUCCUUCAGCACCAUCCCACUCGAAGAAAGGACGGUGAAGACAGCUGGACCAGAUGUCUUAUCUCCAAACCACGGCCCAAAUACACACGAAUCCGUUUUAGGUCAACAGCAAUGCACCGAAGGGCUCAUGUUGCGACUUUUUUUUAUUCCGAGUUUCCCUGACAAGUUUCUUCAGCCAAGCUUCUUCAAUGCCGCAUCUCUCUCUUUCUCUCUCUUUUCCCCACUCGCCGUGGGGUCUGUUGGUUAUUCUGCCUCUGUUGUUUUUUUCGGCCCAUUCAUCUACCUGUCUGUUCAUCUAUUGACUGAUUGAUCGGUUGCGGCUAUCUUUUUUUCUCUUUUUUUUUUUUUGGAUACCUUUACCUAUCUACUUAGGUUAUACAUAUUACAUAGCUAUGAUUAUUGACUCAUGAUAUUUUUGCCGUCUCUCUCAAUCUCCCACAUUCUCUUCGACGUAGUACAUGGGGUAAUAAGUUUGUCGAUAAGAUAAGGUUUUGUCAAGGCUAUCAGAUACUCGACAUGCAAAAUGCUACGGAGAAAU